AUGGAGGUAUUUAAAUUUUUGGAGAAUAGGGAAUUAGAUAUGGAUAAUAUCUUUGAAAAACCUGAGGAGAACCCAGGUGGAAAUAUUGAAAAUAGUUUUAGGAAAAUGGGCCAUCUGAUGGAAAAGAAAAUAAAUGCUUGGUGGGAUAUUGCUACCCAUGAGAAGUACAUCAAGGAUAGACUAAUCCCAAGGAGAUUAAGAUGGGAUGUACCCAUCAAUGAUGGCUUAACUAAUAAGGAAUCCACUGAUGAGUGGUUCCAGUUUUUCAAUGAUAAAGGUCUAGAACUGCUACAACUAUUGAUUAAAAGGAAACAACGGAAAAUCAGAGCCAUUGAUCGUAGUAUGACAGAAAUAAAAACUAACUUGGAAGGUAGCAAAGACCUUCCUGAAUUUAUGGCUCUGUCCAAACAAUUACAAUGGGACAUGGAACAAAAAGAUAAGGAGACAGCAGCUAGGAAAAAAAGAAAAUACCAGAGGGACAUGAAAGACUAUGAGGAUGAUCUGGUGUAUAAGUGGCAGAAUAAAAUAGAAGAAGUAGGAACGACCUCAAAUAGGAGUUCUCCGGAUCAGGACACAAGACUUGAUGAUAAUAGCAAUAAAGAAACUAAUCAGAAUACCAAUACAAUGGAAAGAAACCAAGGGGCCAAUACCCCAAAUCAAAAACCGAGAAAAAAUGGGAAUAACAAUGGCUGGAAACCCUUUUGGAAAAAGAACUGGCAAAACCAGAAUGCAUAUAAUGCCCCUAGACCCUUCCAACAUAUGCCUAAUAGGGGGAGAUCACGGACACCUCCUUGGAGAAAUCAGACUUAUCAGGACACCUAUCACUAUGAAAAUCCAAGACGGGAUGGAAACUACUACCAACAGGAAGAGAGAAGGGUCUAUGAAAAUUCAUAUAAUGUACCAGUGUAUAACCAUUAUGACCACCUGAGAAGAGAUGAUGGAGGAGGAGGUACAACACCAAGACAUUAUGAAAAUAGAACACCCAAUCGCCACUACUCGUAUGGAAGAGAGAAUAGAAACGCAUCACCAAGGCGUUUUUUAGAGCAAAGACGCCGAGAAUCCCCCAGGCGUCACCAGGAGAAUGGGGUACAGAGAGCACGGAAUUGGAGUCCAGAAACCAGACCAGGCAAUAUGAGGAAAGAAGAUCACAGGAAUCAGAAUGUUCAGAGGAAUCGGGACAGGGAAGAGAAAACGAGGAGAUCACCAGGAAGGACCCAAGAAAAUCAGUCUGGAGGACACGGAAAUCAAAGAGAGGAUGCAGAGCGGGAGCAAAGAAGCAGAAGAAAAAGAGAUUGA